UAUACUAUUAUCUUGCGGCUCUUCCACGGACGCGCACCACCAUCGCCGGAACUAAACUCACCUUCCCUCGCUCCCAGCGGCAAAAACAGAGCGGCCGUUGCUAUUCCCGGGACUCGUUUAAUUCCUCCACACUCGCCUGUGGCUGAGAAAUGAGUCACGAAGCCUUUUUGCUGUGGAUUUUCCUCCAGUGUGCCGUCGCGCUCUCCUCGCCCGCUGCCGGGGAAAGCGCCGUUCUCAAAGGUGCUGACGGUGUAACGGAUGAACCGCCAACAGACGGCGUGGACCUGCAGGGCGGCGUCAAGUACAACAUGAGGACGAGUUUAGAUCCGGACCACGAGGGCUGCUACCUGCAGGCCGGCAAUAAGGAGUGUCUGGAGGAGUGUGGCUUCAACGCCACAGCCAAGACUAUCUUCGUUAUCCACGGCUGGACGAUGAGUGGGAUGUUCGAGAGCUGGAUGCACAAGCUGGUGUCUGCGUUGAUGCAGCGCGAGACCGAGGCCAACGUGGUGGUGGUCGACUGGAUAGUGUUGGCUCAGCAGCUGUACCCCGACGCCGUCAACCACACGCAAGCCGUCGGCCUCGACAUCGCCGGCAUGCUCAACUGGCUCCAGGACGAGCAGCAGGUGCCUCUGGAGAAGGUGCACCUGAUCGGCUACAGUUUAGGUGCCCACGUCGCGGGCUACGCUGGGACGUUCGUGCGCGGCACCAUCGGCAGAAUCACCGGCCUGGACCCAGCCGGACCGAUGUUUGAGGGUGUGGAGGAGCGGAAGCGCCUCUCCCCCGACGACGCCGACUUCGUGGACGUUCUGCACACGUACACUCGAGAGGCUCUGGGCGUGAGCAUCGGGAUCCAGCAGCCAAUCGGGGACAUUGACAUCUACCCCAAUGGCGGUGACGUGCAGCCCGGAUGUGCACUGGGAGAUGUGUUGGCAGUGGCUGGAAAUUUCAUGGCGGUGGUGAAGUGCGAGCACGAGCGUGCCGUGCACCUCUUCGUCGACUCCCUGAUGAGCAAGGACCACAUGAGCUUCGCCUACCAGUGCACGGGGCCCGACCGCUUCAAGAAGGGCAUCUGCCUCAGCUGCCGCAAGAACCGCUGCAAUAACAUCGGCUACAACACCCGGAAGAUGCGCAAGCGGCGCAACUCUAAGAUGUAUCUGAAGACGCGUGCCGUCACGCCCUUCGGAGGCUACCACUACCAGAUGAAGAUGCACGUGUUCAACAGGAAACAGGCAGACAACGCAGAUCCCACCUUCUACGUCAAGUUGUACGGAGCCCAUAACGAUACGGAAAACAUGUUUGUCGAUGUCCAUGACGAGACAGUCGGUCUGAACCUGACCAACACCUUCUUGGUCUUCACCGAGAAGGAAAUUGGUGACCUGCUGAAGAUCCGUCUGAGCUGGGAAGGAAACUCUGAAUCCUGGAACUCUGUGUGGAAGAGCAUCAAGAAGAAUUUCUGGACCUGGAAUGCAAAGCCUCCCAAACCCAUCCUGGCAGUCCGGCGGAUUCGUGUGAAAGCUGGAGAGACGCAGAAGAAGUUUACGUUCUGUGCUCAAGAUCCUGAAUCUAUUGAAAUUUCCCCCGGGGACUCCAUAACGUUCGUGAAAUGUCGUGAUGGCUGGGAGGUGAAGCCAAAAAAACGGCUGGCCAUGUAACAACUCGGCACUUCCAUCAACCGAUGCACCACCACCAUGGGGGACCCAACAUGGAUCAGAGAGAGGCUCCGCCUACUCUUUUAUAUGAGCACUUUUUGUUUUCUUAGGAGGAAGAUUGAGCAGCACACGGUAAAAGGGGCUCAACUGGACUCCUAAUAUGUACCUGGAAGGUUUUUUCCCCGAUGGUUUCUGGAGACGACGAGGACUCGUUCAGCCGGGCGGGGCCGGGGGGGAAAUUAAAUGACGUGCAGGCUGUAAGUGCGGGGGCUGUCGUGAAAUGUGUUAAGACGGCCCGAAGGAGUAGCAGAACGUUCCUUGUGUGGACUAGUGGCGUAGAAUAAAGAUUGGUGCCAGCAGUUUUAGUCGCUGUACUGUACAUUUUAAAAUAUGUUUUAUUUAUGAGAAAUGCAAGACCAACGUUAUUUAUCUGAGCACAUCCCAUUUGUUGAAUGCAUUUCUCCAAGAUGCAGUGUUUUUGCGUGUACUGUAUGGCGUGUUUGUCCGUGUGCCUUUCUGCUGAGAGAUUACUGAUGCGCUGCACAACUGACUGACACCGGAUCUCAUUGCACACGGCUACUCUGAGGUUUUGUGGAAAGUGUUACUGUUUUGAGGCUUAUUUCUAGGGUGUGUUUCUGUACAUAAUGUAAAUAACUUUUUUGGAAAAACAAUAAAUUCACCCGUUUGUAGAAAACUC